CCUAUCUCAACGCCAACCAAAACCGUAGAACAAUCAGCUUUCGUAAUGUCUCAUGAAGAAAUCGUCCCCGUUGAUCCCACCGAAGUUUUUAUUGAUAUUGAUCCCAUCUUCCCCGAAGAUUCGCAGCAGUUAACGAGAUCCGCCACUUUUCGGGAACAAUAUGUGUGGGAGCCCUGUGACAUUGAGAAGCUUCCGGAGACGUUCGCCUCAGGGAUUCAAAGGUUUCUUCGUGUAGCAAAUUUGGUUGAGUCUGAAGAACCUCGUAUUGCUUAUAUUUGCCGUUUUAAUACAUUUGAGUUAGCUCACCGACUUGACCCUACUUCCACCGGAAGAGGUGUACGGCAGUUCAAAAAUUCUCUUCUUCGAAGGCUUGAGAAGGAUAACGAGUUGACUGCGAGGUUAAUAGACAAGGGGGAUGAUUUUAAGGAACUCAAACGUGUUUAUGAUGCUUACUUGGAAUACGUUAUCAGAAAUGGUGCAGCAUUCAAUUUGGAUAAUAGUCAGCGAGAGAAGUUGAUAAACGCACGCAGAAUUGCUUCUGUUUUGUAUGAAGUUCUCAAGGCAAACGACACAACUGGUGCUUACGCAGCAGCCCCAGAAAGUAUACUAUUAAACCGGGAUGAGGAGACUGGUGAACUACUUGUCGAAAAAGCCGACUUGAUAGUUGAGAAAUGCAAAGCCCUGGAGGAGGAGAGACAAAUUCAUAUGUCCCAAGGCGAUGACUUAAACCAUCUCACCCAAACUGACAUAAGUGCCAUCCACAAAGAGGAAGUUCAAAUAAAGGAAGACAGAAAGUUUGCAAACGGGUCAAUGGGGGACGGUGUCAGAUCGAGUUCCGCAGUUCCAUAUUUGUCAAACGAAGAUAAAUAUCUUGAGACACAAGAAAAGUUGAACAAGGUGGAGAAGAAGAUUGAGGAGAUCGAGCUGAAACUCAAGGAUGUCGACUUCUGGACUAGCAUGAUGCAAAACAUGUUUCCAGACCAAGUACCUCCGUCCAUGAGAGCGAACCAAACCGAAAACAACAAUAAACAAAGCCAAUAAAAAAAUUAUUUUCUAUCUUGUUUUUAUUUUAUUUUAAUGUUUGUAAGACAACAAAUAUUAAAAUUCAGUUUUAAAAUAUGUUUCGGAUAUUCAUAUAAUUUACGAACUUUAAUUCUGUUU